UAAGUGUAACCCACACAAGGUUACUGAGUGCAAUUCUCUUUAUCGCCUGCGAGUGGCGCAAAGGAAUCACUCUGCCUGCAAGUUGCCAGGCAACAUACCAGUAAAACAAACACUUGAUGACUUUCCUCCGGUGAAGACGCUGUUAGAAAGUAUCAAGAUCUGGUAUGAAUAAUAUCCUCUAAAGGAUAGAAAUUCAAAGAAAAUUCUUUUACCAUUUAUUGAAAUAUUGUGUAUUUAUUAGGUUGAAAGCAGUGAGACAGAGAGAAAGUUAAGCUGCUGAUAUUGAGUUUUUCAAGAUACCUCCGAUUGGUUUUUUAGAAAGGGAUAGAUCUGAUUCUGACCCUAGCGGUCAGUGGCGAGCCAACCGCAGAACUGAACGGACCAAGAGCCUGGUGUGGCCAGCUGUGGCAUCUUUGGACCUAUGAUCAUCAUCAUAUGCCUCCAUUUUAAAUACAGAUAAGAACACGUAAACCUACCCGGGUAGUGAAGAGAACACAUAUAUAUACUUCAAGGAACACACACAAACACACUGAGAACUUCCAUGGACUCUUUCCUCAAUUGAGUUAUUUAUUUUGAGUUUAUGGUGCACUGUGCACUCAGGAAGCCGGCUUAGGUAGGCAGGGAUUGUAAAUAAUUUAUUUAUUUUUUAUAAUACAUUUUAUAAUACAUUUUUAAAUUUACCUAUUUUGUGUUGUCUGUUUUCUGCUAACAUUUGACUCUUUUAGGCUCCGUAGUCGUAUCUAGAGCUUCUGAUACUAGCCCAGAUCUCAUUUACCAAUACUUAAAUUAGGUAUUAAUUACACUAAUUUGAGAAAAGGGGUUACAAGUGGCGAGCCAGCCAGGAGCCUAGUUAUGUGUUAGCAGUGAACCACAUUACACGUGUGUAACAUUUUUUUUCAAGUGUGUUAUUUUUACUACUAAUACUAUUUAUUUAUAAGCUAUUUGUCACAUUUAUAGAUCACUCUUGACCAAACAUGGAGUUUAUUACGAGCUCAGGUAUCAAAGUCCCCAAUGCAGUAAUAGUGAGUGGUUUGCUUGAAUCACCAGAAGAUGAGGAGAUUGUAGACUUCCUUAAGAAGUACGGCUCCAUGAGACUUGUCCCAGUUACUGACAUUAACUCAGAGUUUUAUAAAAACCAGAUUAUUGAGUAUCAAGAUGGUGCUGCUAUUGAAGCCUUAGCCCCUCUUCUGCCCUACACACAUGAACUUAAGCACAAUCCAGAUGUAAAAUACUAUGUUCAAGCUCUGGCAAGUGUGUACACAACUAAAAUUGGCUGCAGUGUUACCAAAGCCUACCUCGAUGAAAUAAAGAAGUUAGCAAAACUAAGUGGACGAGGCUUCGAAGAGGUGCUGAAAGACAUGAUGUCAGAAAUCAGUGAUACAAUCGAGACUGAUGGCAGUGGUGAUAAUGAGUUUGGAGCCAAACAGCUGAGCACGUCGCUUGACGCAUUUGAACCCUCACACCCCCAGCUGUUUCCUGAUUCUUCUCGAGAAAGUUUCAUUCAUAAUGGUGCUGAUCCAUGCCCACCAGCUGAUAUGAAGCGAAGUCUGUCCAUAGUGGAGAGCGACCUGAAUCCACCUGAAAUUCAAAAGGUCAUUGUUGAGCACAUUGUGAGAAGAGAUGAAUUAAAUACACAUUCACACUUUCCCAUCAAGCUUCGUUCAUUCUCAGGCAAGCUUCCUAGAUCCAAUAGUGAGACAGAUUAUGACACAUGGCGUUCACAUGUUGAGCUUCUCAGAAAAGAUCCCACCUUGUCUAAUCUUCAGAAAUCACGAAAAAUCUUUGAAAGUCUGCUCUCCCCUGCAGCGGAUAUUGUCAAGAGACUAAGCCCUGAAGCUACUCCUGAAACUUACCUUCAACUGCUGGACGCAGCCUUUGGAACCGUUGAGGACAGCGAGGAGCUUUUUGCUCAGUUUAUGAAUACUCUUCAGGAUCCUGGUGAAAAGGCUUCUACUUACCUCUGCCGCCUUCAAGCUGCCCUGAACCUUGCUGUUAAGAGAGGAGGAGCUGCUGCUGGAGAAGCAGAUAGACAUAUUCUAAAACAGUUUUGUCGUGGGUGUUGGGACAACCCUUUGCUCUCUGAUCUCAACCUCGAAGGAAAGAAAAGUCAUCCACCAGCAUUUUCAGAGCUCCUAUUAUUAAUCCGCACUGAGGAGGAUAGGCAGGCAGCUAAAGCUACACGUAUGAAAAAGCACCUUGGCUCACACCGACAGCGGGUUAUGGCAAAUUCUCAGAGUGCAUGCAUCUGCAGUCAACAAGCAACAUUCCAGCCUGAGUCUGACCCACUGACAGAGCUUAAACAGCAGGUGGCAUCUCUGCAGAGCCAACUGACCACGCUGAUGUCUAAAAAAGCCAAGAAAGCCCCAAAGACCAAGGGGAACACUGAGUAUCAAUCAAGUGGGCCAGUUUCCAAACUUGACCCCAGAGCACCAAGCUGGAAACCUACCAGCUCAAAGACAAGCACCCAGCCGAGACCUUGGUAUUGUUUCAACUGCGGCGAAGACGGUCACAUUUCCUCAGCUUGCAGUAAUGAUCCAAACCCCACUCUUGUCAAUGAGAAGAGAGAUAAACUGAAAGAAAAACGACGCGUUUGGGAGGCUAAAGAGCACUCACCAGACAAUAGGGAUUUUUAGAUGGAGUCUCAGUUGCAGGGCAAACUGAGGCUG